CUAUGCAUAAUAAUUAUGAGGAUUUGCAGCAACUACUCGAAGUAUCUCUUCAGGAUCUGAGAAUUUCCAAAGCUGGAUCCAUUGCGGUAUUCGCUCUCCAAGCAGCAGCGAGAGGGAGCGCAGCGAUGGCCUGAAAUCAUCAAGGCUGGUGAAGUUCCUCACCCAGCGACUAUUUCUGGUCUUUUCAAUCACCAAUACUCUCGCAUGCACCAGAUUCUGCCAAUUUUCUAGCAACAUCCGCGCAGACCUAGUGCCAGCAGUUGAUGAUGACACCAAAAAGGAGCCAAUCACCUUCAAGACGAAUCGGAUUAAGACCUGGAGUGGCUCGUGAACGAUGCAUAACAUGGUGUGCGCUGAACAUCGCAAUCACACUAGCCAUGCUGACUGUGAUGGGGCCUACCCUUUGCAGUGGCAUCAAGUCCCACUACGCACAGUCGCUGGUGACUUCUAACAUUGGAGUGAACACAGUGAUAGCAACAUUCAACCUCACUGGACGACUCAGCGGAAGUGAAAGCGCUCCAAACACCAGCAACCCCGACUACUAUCCGGCACUGGUGCAACGUGGAAAUCUCGUGUAUGUUGUUAUCAAGCCCAGAAGGCCAAUGCAGCUACCGCUCGGUCUCGAUACAGAUGUGUUUGGCUUGAUUCCAACCAGCCAGAGCCGCUUUCCCGACACGUUUAUCUGCUACAUACAGGUGCGGCGUCCGCCUGAGAUCAUCACUGCCACGUCCGUCUCUACUUCUCUAGCCGACAUCAUCUUCACGGGAACGGAGUUCAAUUUCGACGUCUUUCCGCCGGCCAAUGGUAUUCUUGCAGCAACCAUCAGCAAGCAGAGCAACCAUUCUCUACCACUUGAAGCUAUUCUGCUCUCUGUUGAAGGCCACAUGUUGAAGAUACAAUGGAAGUUACCAUCGUAUGAUACUGACGUGCAGACAGGAACGCCUGUGAGACUCGACAUCAGCGUCACAGACAAUGGCCUUGGCAUGACUAGCAAGAGAAACAUCUCCGGUAAAGACCUGGGCAGCACCGGUCAGCCAGUCUACUUCACGGCUGUAACUAAUGCAAGUAGCACCGUCUCCGUCAUCAUUACUCUUACAGGCAAGUGCACUGAUUGCUGUAUUCCCACACUAAAUCUGUCAGUGCUUUCCAUGAUCCUGUAG